AUGGCGGUUCGCGCUCAGUUUGAGAACUCCAACGAAGUCGGCGUCUUCUCCCGCCUGACCAACUCGUACGCCAUCGUCGCCAUUGGCGCCUCCGAAAACUUCUACAGUGUGUUCGAGGCCGAAUUGCAAGAUGUCAUUCCCAUUUGCCAUGCGACCAUUGCCGGCACCCGGAUUGUCGGUCGUCUCACAGCGGGCAACCGUAAAGGCCUCCUCGUCCCCACGACCACGACAGACCAGGAACUGCAGCACCUGCGCAACACGCUACCGGACUCGGUCAAGAUCCAACGGAUAGAAGAACGGCUCUCAGCGCUGGGCAAUGUCAUCUGCUGCAACGACCAUGUGGCGCUGAUACACCCGGAUCUGGAGCGCGAAACCGAAGAGAUCAUCGCCGACGUCCUGGGCGUCGAAGUCUUCCGACAAACCAUCGCCGACAACGUCCUCACCGGCUCGUACAUGGCCCUCUCCAACCAGGGCGGCAUCGUCCACCCCAAGACCUCCAUCCGCGACCAGGACGAGCUCUCGUCCCUGCUGCAGGUGCCGCUCGUGGCCGGCAGCGUCAACCGCGGCAGCUCCGUCGUCGGCGCCGGCAUGGUCGUCAACGACUGGCUCGCCGUCACCGGCCUCGACACGACGGCCACGGAGCUGAGCGUCAUCGAGAGUGUGUUCCGACUGGGCGAGAUGGGGCCGCGCGGCAUCGGCGGCACGCACAAGGAGAGCAUCGUCGAGAGUUUCUAUUGA